AUGAAAUCGUCGAACUCCCCGUCGUCUCGUCGUCUACUUGAUUUUGUUCCGUCAAUAAGACCAUCGUUUCUUUCUGUUGUAUUAGUUUUCGUUUGCGGAUGUCUCUGGGUGAAGAACGAAACAACAAACGAACGACUGAUAGCGCUGGAAUCUCGCGUUAACCUUUUCCCCUGCGUUCAGAGUGUCUCGACUGAAAAUACCGACAGGAUAUCUCUUUCACCGACAGAAGCUACAGCAAGAGAUCUUUAUAAGAAGGUUCAGACACAUGUAUCCGAAAGGAUCGGUUAUACAUCAGGUAAUAUCUUCACUUCAGAUGUUAUUUAGAUGCAGAUACACGUUUAGAACUGAGUUUAUCCUCUUUUGAUUUAGGUAUAAUCUUUCAUAGUGUGAGUUUGCCCUUACAUACGGUAUCUUUGGAUACUGCAUAAGAUAAUUGAAUUUUGAACUUCAACUAACACUGUAUAUACCCUUUUGCAACACUCUCGCUCUGUUGUAAUACUGCUUAGAUAUUCACUAAGCCACCUAUACUGGUAAAACAAUAAAGAAAUUUACGGUGUAAAUGAUCGAUGUUGAAUAGUGUCGAACGACUUGCUCACGGUGUAAAUGAUGUUGAAUUCAUAGUUUAAGUGUUGCACGACUUACUCACGUGCAAGAUAUGUGGUCAAUACUCAGGUGGGUACUCCUUUAUAUAAGCCAUAUAAUUAUGUGCCGCCACAAAGGGUGUAGUUCUUGGCCCUUUUUGGUCUGAACACGGGUAUAAACGUAGGUCAUUUUGGUCUGAAAUCGGGUUUGGUUUUCGAGGAACCUACUGGAGCGUAUGCAUGGCGUAGUUAUCGUUUCAGUUCCACAUGAAUAAGAACGAAAUAGAAAUAUGUGAAUUCGAAAUGCAUUUGAAGAAUUUUUUUGUUUGCGCUCUAAUCUAAGUAAAUGAUGACACAAUUUCCGUCUAAAGGCCAGGUGUGAAAACGGGUAUGGAUUUUAGAGGUCUGCAUGGUCUGAAAACGGGUGUGGAAAAUUGGUCUCAAAUAGCACUGUCUGAAUAAAAUUGUUAGGGUGGCGUAAAAUUUGAGAGAUGUGCCUCUAGACUGAGUUCGGUUAAGGAGUCUAGGGCCUGCCAGCGUACUUGAUAAAACCUUUGGUAACUUCGAUAGGGUGGCAAGAUUGAAAGUACGUUUAAUAAACGGUCUCAGUUGAUUUGAAAUGUGUGCGUAGAUCGAAAAUCUAGAAUGUCAGCUUGGCUUUCCCUUAGAAGCAACAAGGGAAGAGGCGUGAGGACAAAUUAAGAAGUUGGUUGCAAUGUGUUAACCUUGUUGUAGAACGCAACCUCUAAACCGUUUAACUUUAUGUUAGAAAUGUCAACCUUAUCAUUCAUUCCGUUGAUUCGUUCGUUUUCUCCCUUAUACAUUUUUUUAAUAUUAAUCACUGGAUACUAUAAAAUUCUUAAUCUUACUUGACUGCAGUCAGCCCGUUGUCAUUAGAGGCAUCAGCAACCAUCCGGUUAAGACAGCGAAGAAACGUUUUGAACAACACUUCAUCUGGCAUCACCAUACAUGAAGUGAGAAAAGAAAUCAGCAAACAGUUUGAACAACUUAUGCCCACCAAGUACUGUAAGUCAAGUGAGAAAGUAUGUCCUGCAGGACCCCCCGGAUAUCCUGGUCUCACUGGAGCGAGGGGACCACGUGGCAGGAGGGGACCAAAGGGAAAGAAAGGUACUCAAGGUCCCAUGGGACCUCCUGGAAAAUCCGGAAAAACAGGAAUAACUGGUCCUGCAGGACCGAGAGGAGAAAAGGGAAGCAAUGGGGAGCCUGGGCUAAAAGGCAUGCCGGGACCACCUGGAAGGCCUGGAAAAUCGAUAUCUGCUCCACAAGUGAUGUUGUCGCCAGCAGAGCAGACACGAGAUGAGGGAGGAGACACGGCAUUUUAUUGCACGGUCGCAGGAAAUCCUUCCCCAGUCGUGGAAUGGCAAUUUAUGGGUAGAACGCUUCUGUCAGGUGCAAAGUACUUGAUUAAAGAAGGAGAGUUGAUCGUUAGAAAUCUGAAUUACAGCGAUGCAGGGCCGUACACAUGUGUUGCCAGAAACAUUCUCGGAUCGUCCGAGGCCAUUAGUAACUUGACUGUUAGAGGUAAGCGGAACACUGUACUUUUGUUUUAUCUGGCUGCUUGAUUAUGUAGGUCUGUUUGUGCUCUGUUGUUUAAUCGUGUACUUUUAUCUCCUCCUUCUUUUCAAUUCGUCCAUUUUUCGUAUUUCGUAGCCACUAGUCACGUUUGAAGUUCAACGUUUAACCUGAGCAAUGCCAACGUAAAGAUAUUUUAAGGUAACAGAUGACAAUCUUCACAAUGUACAGCUGUACGCGAAGGCACACAACACGAUCCUUCCAUCACUGUUCCAUUCCUUCAUUCAAAUUUGUCUUUUUCUUGAUCGUUUAUUAAACUACCUCAAUGCAUGACCUUCCUACAUGAUGAAUUCUGAGUUUGGUUCAAUUUAUUUGCUUUAAUUAGUCUUGACCUUCAAUAUCCUACACAACUGGUACAGACCUCACCUAUCUUUCUGAAUUAAUACGUUUCUUUUGCUCUCUUUUCGGCUAUGUAGUUAAACAUUGCUUAUAACAAAGUUUAUCAGUAACGCUUUUAGCGAAAUGUGGAUUUAAGAGCAUGGAGCUUGAAAGGGUUCCCAGAAAAGAAAGGAAUAUAAGCUGUUUAAUUUAUUGUGCAUCCUGUUUAUUUUUCGGCUCUAUUUCAGGUCUUCCAAUCUUCACAAAAGUUCCACCCUCAAUUGCCACACCAGUACAAGGUUCUACUUUUCAAGUAACUUGUCAAGCUGAGGGAUAUCCUCGCCCCGAAAUAAACUGGACUAGAGCAGCAAUGCCUUUACAUGCUGGAAGGACCAGUAUAAACCAAGGCACAUUUACCAUUAACAACUUGAGUCCUGAUGACAGCGGUUUUUAUGAAUGCGUGGCUACUAAUACUAUGGGAACAAAGAAAACAAGAUUCAACGUGGCAGUGCAAGUGCGUCGCUUAAUAGGUUUGUAUUGCAGGCACCACAUAUAUCUAAUUCAGUAAAAGGUUGCUUUGAGAGCUGGUCAUUGGCGCAAUUGGCCCUGAGCAUUUGAGCAUACGAAACUCACUGCAAUGACUUGCUUAAGUGACCGCCAAAUAAUAGUAUAGGUUCCCGAAAGCGUAAUUGCCCAAUGCCCAAAGCAAUCCCCUUGAUUGAACAAGGUAUGAAUAGAUUAAACAUUCAGUUUAAUGCCAGCCGUCUAAUCCAUAAACCAUUGCGACCUUUGUUAGACAUCUAAGAUGCAUUGCAAAGAUGUAUCAUAGGUAACUACCUAUCUAGUUAGAGUCCUCUUAACUGUUCCUUAAGAGUCAACAACAGGUCCCCUUCUCUUUUUGAUCUACCUAAUGAUCUUCCAAACUGUUUGAAUAAUGGUUCUCCUUGAAUGUACGCGGACGACACGAACGUUACCUUUUCUGCUCCCAUGCAGCAUACCUGAUCUCGAAUUACAGGUCAAUGCUUAAAUGAAACAUAAUGAUCUCUGGCUAAAAGCUAACAAAUUAAGUCUCAAUGUCGCCAAAACAGAGUCCAUGAUUAUUAGCUCGGGGCAGAAACUACAAUCUACAAUCUUUAAAUGACUACAUGACGAUGGCGUCCAAGUAAAACCAAACAACUCAUAGCAAAUCUAUUGGACUUACGGACGAUAAUCUCUCUUGGAAGGCCCACUAACAUGACAUUUCAAAAAAAGCCUCCUGAAACAUUGGUGCGCUUAAGCGAAGUCGAGCCAUUUGUUUCUAUGCACACUGAAGUUAUGAUAUGCUAAGGUCUUAUAGAACCACGCUUUGAUUACUGUAAAGCGGUCUGAGGUGGCUUGUGUUACCGUGGUGCUUACUUAUGGAACAAUCUUCCCGAGGAUGUACGUACGCACAACAAAUUCUCUAGAUCAGAUGACUUUGAGGGAAAAUUCACUCUCGGUUUGCUGAUCAUGCUCCCAUACGGCAAUUAUGUAAAACAGUUAUAGAAUUUAUUCAUAUUCUAUUAUUAUACGAAUAUUUUAACCAUGUAUAAAUAAUUAAAGUUUAUCAUCAUCAUCAUCAUCAUCAUCACGAUCACCGCCAUCAUCAUCUUAUUCUUUACUCAUCAAAGGACGAUGGACACUUUUUCGAAAGCCUAGAUACGUAAGAACUAUACCGCUGUAUCGCACGGUGAUUAGUUCGAAUCCCAUCCAUGACUGGCUUUUUUUUUUAAACAUUUAAUAUCACAAAAUAAAAGCAAUGAGAGCUAUAUAGUCAUUGUGCAUGAGGUGCUGACGACAUAAAUUUGCAUUUGAAGACUUGUGUGUUAACUGGAGUUUCAUGCUUAAAAUUUCUUAUUAGCAAAUCAAAUACAUGAAUCGGCACUCAAUUUCUUUAGUCACUUGCAACGUUACUCUUUUUGCUAAUUUAGCCCUGCAAAUGACAAUAGAUCGUUUUCACUGCCACGCAACAAAAAAUUAAAUUGGAAACCAUCCAGUGGAAGAAGGCAAGAAAAUGAAGUGUUAUAAAAGACUAUUAUAUAAACAAUUGGUCCAAAUCUCAGGUCUUUGUGGCCCACAGUUUCUGAGUUAUUUGCCGAAACGUUUCACGUACCUUUGUAGAGCUAAAUUGUAUGGAGACGCCAUAUUGGUACACCGUUUUGGCGCACCAAUAUGGCCGCCGGAAAUCAACAAAAACAUCUGGAGUUCACUUUUCCUAUAAAAGCUCUUUCUUUUCACUCGAGAACUAGCAUACGGGCGCAUAAACACAUCUUCUAAUACUUGAAGUGGUUAUACUGCUGAAAAUCAAGAGGAGAGACUUUUCUUUAACGAGACAGUAUUCCUAUUUUGGUGUCACGCACUGUAAAAACUCGGAAGUUCAAAUUGCUGUAUUUUCGAAAUGAAACAUGAUACGGGACUUGAAACUUGUACAAAGAUUUAUCUUUUGUUUAUGUUCAACCUAGUGUAAAUAAGAAUUCGUAAAACCUCGCUACUUUGACUUUAUAAUUUGAUGACGUCACAGUGAAAACCAUCUAUAAUCCAGUUGAUGUCAAAUUUUUAAACUUUUUACAUGGCCAAAUAAUAAUUUGUUUGACAUGUUAAAGAAGGUUUUUUUACUUAGCUUUUGAAAACUCCGUCAUUGUGGGAAACAACAGAAACCACUUGACCUCCUUAAGCGACUGGCUUAAACCUGUGACAAAAAGCGUCAAUUCUCUGUGGAAACGCUGUUGGCGUGCAUCCGUGGACGGCUGGGCUGCAAGUACAUUUCACUCCCGAUGUGACGGCAAGGGCCCGACUGUGACAAUAAUAAGGGUCGGGAGAUACAUUUUUGGAGGAUACACCAGUAAAUCUUGGGGUAAGUGA